AGAAGGAGAUAACGUUGCAGGUCGUUCGUUCCUCUUGAAGCUCCAAGCUCACCAGGCUUCUGUUUGCGUCAGUCGUCUAAUCCUGCCAUUUGGCCCCUUGUCCUUGAGCUCCUGCUUCCGAGACUUCAUUCAACGCCCGUUGUCUACCGUAGGGUAGCCGGUUUUUGGUUCUUUUUGUCCAUGCGGAUUUAGGAAAUGGUUUUCUGAAUUGGUGGGGUUUUGGGUUUGUUGGGUUUUGGGUUUGCUGGGUUUUGGGAGCAAGGAGUGUUAAAGGGUGCAAGGAAGGAAUCGUUGUGUUGGGAACGAUGGCGGCCACUCCUGCGCGUGAGUGGACUGGGCUACAGCAGUUCCCCGUCGCCACUCAGACAGCUCUGCACAACAUUCUCGGGACUCUCCGCCAGCAGAAUAAGGAAUCCCUGACGGUUUUAGUGGUGGGCAAAGGCGGGGUUGGCAAAAGCUCUACUGUGAAUUCAAUCGUUGGCGAAAGGGUUACUAUUGUCAGUGCUUUCCAGUCAGAGACUUUGAGACCGCUUCAAUGUGCGAGGUCAAGAGCAGGGUUUACAUUGAAUAUCAUAGAUACCCCAGGCCUGGUUGAAGGAGGCUGUAUCAACGACCAGGCUCUCGACAUUAUUAAAAGGUUUCUUUUGAGCAAGACCAUCGACGUUGUACUUUAUGUUGAUAGGCUAGAUGGCUAUCGUGUGGACAACUUAGACAGGCAGGUGAUCAGGGGUUUGGCACGGAGUUUUGGACCUAAUUUUUGGCGCUUAGCAGUGAUUGUUCUUACACAUGCGCAAUUCUCCCCUUCCGAUGGUGUGAACUACACCGAAUUUGUGGAGAAAAGGUCAGCUGCCUUGCAGGCAGCAAUUCGGCAGGAGGCAGGUUUAAAGAAAGAUGAGAAAGAGGUGCCUUACGCGUUAGUGGAGAAUAGUGGUCGAUGCAACACAAAUGAUGGAGGAGAGAAGAUUCUUCCCAAUGGGACGGUUUGGCUUCCAGCCCUGGUUGAGCGAAUAGUUGAGGUGGCUACAGGAACCACUGAUUCAGUUUUCGUUGAUAAAAAGCUGAUCGAUGGUCCCAACGCUAAUGAAUGGGGCAAAUGGUGGAUCCCUGUGCUAGCAGUGGCUCAAUACUUUCUGGUCGUGAUGCCAAUCAGAAAAGCCAUUGAGAAGGACUUGGCUGAGGAGAAGAAUCAAAGACCACAGUGGGAAAUCAGGGCAGAAGAAUUCCGCCGGAACACAUCACUUUAUGACGACGACCAAGUUGAUGAACAGGCGAUAAGCCAGGCCCUUGAACAGGAUGAUGGACUCAGUGGCCAGCUGAGCAGUUUUGUUGAUGAGGAUGACGAUGAUGACGAGUUCUAAAUUAGUUUUGUUACUCCUUAUAUUGGAGGUCAGUUCAGUAAGUUGUAAGCACAAACGAAAGCUACUUUUACAGCUUUUGAGCAAUGUGUCGCCCGACUUACGACCAUGUAAUAAUCACACGUGGCAUUGAUGAUGGUGUGGUUCAGUGGGUUCAUUUUGUCUAAAUUCCAACCGAAUUUCUAAGUUUUUUAAAGAUAAUCUUUUAACUCAAUUUUACAUGAGUGAUUUCUCUGAC